ACUAUAAAACACAACAAAUCAUAAAAGCCCGCUCAGCAGCACCGGCCGCGCCUCCCCUCCCAAUGAGUUCCUAUUUUGUGAACUCCACCUUCCCAGUUACUCUGUCCAACGGACAGGAGUCGUUCCUGGGUCAGCUCCCGCUGUACUCCUCGGGCUAUGCGGAUCCUUUAAGACACUACCCCGCGGCGUAUGGAACCGGGGCGGUCCAGGACAAGGGCUUUGCCUCUUCUUCCUACUACCCACCAACGAGCGGGGGCUACGGCCGGGCUGCCGCUUGUGACUAUGGGCCAGCCAGCUUCUACAGGGAGAAAGAGUCCUCCUGCGCCCUCUCCAGCGGCGAAGAGCCUACCCCCUUCCACCCCGAGCCGAGGAAGUCCGACUGCGCCCAAGACAAAAAUGUUUUCGGAGAGAGUGAGGAGCAGAAGUGUUCCACGCCUGUCUAUCCCUGGAUGCAGCGGAUGAAUUCAUGCAACAGUUCUUCUUUUGGGCCCAGCGGGCGGCGAGGCCGUCAGACAUACACCCGCUACCAGACCCUGGAGCUGGAGAAGGAGUUCCAUUACAAUCGUUACCUAACCCGGAGGAGACGCAUCGAGAUCGCGCACGCCCUGUGCCUGACCGAGAGACAGAUCAAAAUCUGGUUCCAGAACAGACGGAUGAAAUGGAAAAAGGAGAACAAGAUGCUCAACUCUUCCCAGCUCAGCCCUGAGGCAGAGGAAGAAAAGCCCACAGAGUGAUCUCCAGGAAGGACCGGGAUGAAGGGAGGGAGGGAGGGAAGGAAAGUGAAGAGGAAUGGCAGGGGAGGUGGCUGAGGUGGGGAAAACGAAAAUAAGCAUCAAUAUUAUCAUAUGCCUUCGUGGGAGGGAGCAGGAAGAGGGUGGGUGAGAAAUUCUUAAGCACCUCAGAGAGAGGCCGGACUAAUUCCAUUCCCUGUGGAGCUCCCACCCUGCAGAUUUCUCCCGUCAGCUGCUAGCCACUAGAGCCCCAGAUAGGUUCCCACUCCACGGUUUCUUCUCUGUCUCUUACAUCUCUAACCCUCCCACGCAAGCUACCUGGGGUCCCCAGUUUGUGUACUGCGGCUGAGAACCGAAAGGAAUCCUCUCAUGUUGUGUUUCCCGGAAGCAAAGCAAAUCGCUGUUUUCCUUGUCUUGUCUUCAUUUUGUACAGUGUCCCAUGCACGGUUGAAUUAGAGAUUUGGUUUCCCUUUUGAGAGGGGAGGUCUCGGGGGGGGGCCUUCCCCUGUCCCCCAGACCUGUCGCCUCUUCCCCUCCCCCCUUAAUCCACUGGAAGGAGCACAGACUACCUAAGAGGAAGAAGAAGAGCAGCCGCAGAAGAAAAAAAAGUUCUAUUUUAUUAAUUUUUUUAUGUGUUGUGUUCGUAGUUUUGUCUUAGCUCUCCGAAGUGAAAUA